UGUUUCAACAGCGAGGAGUAUCUUGAAGCUGUCAAACAGACUCCCCACAUGACGCUGGAGGAUCUAAUGACUUUCACCCAGCAGUAUGGAGAUGUUUAUUUCCAUCCGAACAUCUUCCACUGUGCCAAACUGGCGAUAGGGGCCACCCUGCAGUUAGUGGACAGUGUGAUGACGGAAAAAGUGAGGAAUGGAAUUGCAUUAGUCAGACCCCCUGGUCAUCACAGCCAAAGAAGUGCUGCCAACGGUUUCUGUGUUUUCAACAACGUCGCCAUUGCUGCUCACUACGCUAAGAAACACUAUGGUGUUAAAAGGGUUCUGAUUGUUGACUGGGACGUGCAUCAUGGGCAAGGUGUUCAGUACUGUUUCGAGGAGGACCCAAGUGUACUCUACUUCUCUUGGCACCGCUUUGAGCACCAAAGCUUUUGGCCCAACCUUCCAGAAUCAGAUUAUGACAACGUGGGAAAGGGAAAAGGAGCAGGAUUUAAUAUCAAUGUACCAUGGAAUAAGGUGGGAAUGAACAAUAGUGACUACCUCUCUGUCUUCUUCCAUGUGCUACUGCCAGUUGCUUAUGAGUUCAACCCUGAGCUAGUUCUGGUGUCAGCAGGGUUUGAUUCCGCCAUAGGAGACCCAGAGGGUCACAUGUGUGCCACUCCAGAGAUCUUUGCUCACCUCACUCACCUACUGAUGCCCCUGGCAGGGGGCAAGUUGUGCGCGGUUCUUGAGGGUGGAUAUCACUUGACCUCGCUUGCCCAGUCAGUGUGCCAAACCGUGCAGAGCCUCCUAGGGGAUCCUGCUCCUCUGCUGACCAAUGUGAGCUCCCCAUGUGAGAGUGCACUGGAGUCCCUUCAGAAUGUGAGGUCUGCACAUCAACAGUAUUGGACUUGCUUUAAACACUCUGCUGCGGCCCCAGUCCCAGAGCCCAGCACCAAACGCCUCAGGACAGAUGUGGGUGGUGGUGGUGAGGAAGUCCAGGCGGAGCAGGUGACUGGACAACAGGCAGAGGAGCAGACAGAGGAGGAAGUGGUCUGGCCUGAGCCUCUACCUAGGACAGCCCCUUCAGUCUGCACAGCUGCUGCGCUCCCUCCUGGUGGGGAGGACUCCCUGCCACAGGGCUGUCGGUGCUUGGUGGAUGCAUCCCACUCUUCAAUCGGAACAGUGCAGAAACUUAGAGAUGAGCUCAAUGAAGGAGAUGUGAAGGAUGAGAGGGUGGUGGGAAGCCUCCGGCAGGUGAUCUCACUUUUGGACCAAGUGGAUAAGAAAGAGAUCCGCAAUGGUUUGGCACUGGUGCCAGAUAUAUCUCUGGCUGUGAAAUUUGCUGUUCAGCAUGCACUAACCUCCACUGACCGGGUUCUGGUAGUAUUGGUUGGUGAUGAUGAGUUGCCGGUGGACUCAGACGAUGGGAGAGUCCUCUUGGUACAGAUUUGCAGUAAAGAGCCUAAACUCCAAAAAUCCCAGUACCAUGUUUCAGUGUGCUUGAAGCAAGGUCCCAGUGAUGUUGCCGGGUUGCUGCACUCUGUACUGGGCCUACUGCUGCCCAUGGCAUACCAGCACAACCCCGGGAUGGUCCUGCAGGUCCUGGCACAGGACAGCAGGGUGAAGGAGGCAGCGUGGGCACAGCUUACUAGCCUGCUACAGGGUCUUGCACUAGGGCACACACUGGCCCUGCUACAGGAAUCGCAUCAGGCCCUAGUGAGGGCCACUGCGGCCUCUCUGAUGGGGGACCCAGUCCCUGCCCUAGGGCCCCAGGGGGCUCUCUCCCCGGACGCUGUGCAGGCCAUAGAGGGAGAGAGGAGGAGACUGGAGAUGAAGUGGGGAAUGCUGCACACCUCGGUUGCCGGCAAGAAAUCUCUGGAGCAAAACCAAUGAAGCCAUCACAGUAUUAUUUUGAUACAUUUCAAUACUGACAACCAUCUCUUUUUUAUGAUUUUGUUGUUUUUUACAUUAAAGAGAUAUUCAUACCAA